AAACACCUCUCCAUAUAUCACAACAACACUGCACACUCCAUCUACCUAGAACCCUUCUCUGCAAAUCUCCCUCUCUCUCUCUUAAAGUUUUUUUUUUUUUAAAAAAAAUAGCAAAGAUGAAGUUUUCUAAGCAAUUUGAAGGUCAGCUUGUUCCUGAAUGGAAAGAAGCUUUUGUUGAUUAUUGGCAACUCAAAAAAGAUCUCAAGAAAAUCCAUCUUCUUACCAAUGACAACAACCCAUCUACCAAACCCAAAAAGAGCUCAUUAUGUCAAACUCUUUGCAAGUUUUCCUUAUGUUGCCAUCAACAUAGAGACCAUGAAGUGAUUCAAGUUCAUAAGAAACUGUCCUCUUCAUCUAGUAAGGGAGACAUGUACGAAACCGAAUUGUUGGAGCAAUUCGCCACUGAUACAGAUGCUGCGAAAGAAUUCUUUGCACAAUUGGACCUUCAGCUUAACAAAGUGAAUCAAUUUUACAAGGCAAAAGAGAAAGAGUUCAUAGAAAGAGGAGAGUCAUUGAAUAAGCAGAUGGACAUUCUCAUUGAACUCAAAACUGCACUUAGACAACAGAAAGGGAAAGGUUCUUCUUCUCAGGAUUCAAAGGAGGAUCCCUCAAUCUCUUGCACAAUCUCUUGUGAUGAAGAGUGUGUUAAGGACACAACAGAACAAGAACAAGAACAGCUUCAAGACAGCUCCAUAGCUGAGUUUGAAAGGAAUGACUCACAAUUAUCAGACUCCUCAAGAUCAGAAGAGAUAGGGAAAUCCAACAAGAUGAGAAAAGAGGAUGGGAAGAUGAGGUCCCUUUCAGGAAAAGUGAUCAAUUGUCAAGGAAAGAAUGUGAGAAUUAACAUCCCCUUAACGACGCCAUCUCGUACUCUCUCUGCAAUCACUUACCUGGUUUGGGAAGAUUUGGUUAACCAGUCCAAGAAAUGCAGCCCAGAAGGAAAUAAACUGCAAAUCAACAAAUCAAAGUUGCAUCACGCGGAGAAGAUGAUUAGGGGAGCUUUCACUGAGCUCUAUAAAGGAUUAGGUUAUCUCAAAACUUACAGGCACUUGAACAUGCUUGCUUUUGUCAAGAUAUUGAAGAAAUUUGACAAAGUUACUGGGAAACAAGUCCUACCAAUUUAUCUGAAAGUAGUUGAGAGCUCCUAUUUCAAUAGCACAGACAAGGUGGUCAAGCUAGCUGAUGAGGUUGAGGAGCUGUUUGUUAAACAUUUCGCUGAAGAUGACAAACGAAAAGCAAUGAAGUACCUAAAACCGCAUCAACGAAAAGAAUCACAUGCUGUGACCUUCUUCAUUGGGCUCUUCACUGGAUGUUUAAUGGUGCUAUUUGCGGGUUAUGUCAUCAUGGCACAUAUUACAGGGAUGUACAAGCAGCAACCAAACACAGUGUACAUGGAAACUGUUUACCCUGUGCUUAGUAUGUUCAGCCUACUGUUUCUACAUUUCUUUCUUUAUGGUUGCAACAUUUUCAUGUGGAGAAAAGCUCGUAUAAACCAUAGUUUCAUCUUUGAACUGGCUCCCACCAAAGAACUCAAGUACAGAGAAGUAUUCUUGAUUUGUACCACAUGUAUGACUGCAGUAGUGGGAGUACUGUUUAUACAUUUGUCCCUUGUUGCAAAAGGGCAUUCGUCGACUCAUGUUCAAGCAAUCCCCGGCCUUCUCUUGCUGAUCUUCUUACUGUUGCUGGUGUGCCCUUUCAACAUUUUCUACCGCUCAAGCCGCUGCCGAUUCAUCCGAGUGAUAAGGAACAUCAUUUUGUCACCUCUUUACAAGGUUGUCAUGCUGGACUUCUUCAUGGCAGAUCAACUCUGUAGUCAGGUGCCGAUGCUUAGAAGCCUGGAGUAUGUGACAUGUUACUACAUAACUGGAAGCUAUAAAACUCAAGAUUAUGGGUUUUGCAACAGGAACAAGCAUUACAGAGAUCUGGCUUAUGCUGUUUCAUUUCUGCCUUACUACUGGAGGGCAAUGCAGUGUGCUCGAAGAUGGUUUGAUGAAGGACAGAGCAGUCACCUUGUGAAUCUGGGCAAAUAUGUUUCAGCCAUGUUGGCUGCAGGGGCCAAAGUGGCUUAUGAGAAAGAGAAAAGCAUUGGAUGGCUAUGUCUAGUUGUGGUGAUGUCAAGUGCUGCAACUGUAUAUCAAUUGUAUUGGGACUUUGUAAAGGAUUGGGGUUUGCUCCAGUUUCACUCCAACAACCCUUGGCUAAGGAAUGAACUAAUGCUUCGAAGAAAGUUCAUAUACUACUUCUCCAUGGGUCUUAACUUUGUGCUUAGGCUUGCUUGGUUACAAACUGUUGUCCACGCACCCAUUUGGGGUUUGGAUUACAGAAUAACUGGGCUGUUUUUAGCAGCCCUCGAAGUGAUCCGGCGAGGGCAAUGGAAUUUCUACAGGUUGGAGAAUGAGCAUUUGAAUAAUGCCGGCAAGUUCAGGGCUGUCAAGACGGUGCCACUUCCUUUCGAUGAAGUAGAUGAAGAAGAUUAGCAAGAUUCGUCAAUGGUGAUGGUGGGGAGGUUUUCUUUCUCGGCACUCUUGACAGACAAGCCACCAUGGAUGGGGAGAUUCGAUACAUACGCAUAAGGUCGAACGGAAGAGAAUUUUAAGACCAUUUGGGUCAGUCAGUGUACAAGUUUCUGUAACAAAAGUCCCAACUUGUGCACAAUCGAUGUUGUUAACAGCAUCUUUUGGAAAAAUUAUUCAUACAUUUUGUAUACAAACAAAAUUUCCCUCAACAAAUUUAUGAAAAGGGAUAAAGCAUUACUGCGUU